AUGCCAGAAGCAGCUUUAGCUAUAGUAAACGAUUCUUAUGUGGACGAUUUCUUAAAAAGUGUAGAUACUGAAAAUGAGUCUGUAACGAUGAUUAAGCAAGUUUCCUUUAUAAACGAACAAGGCGGAUUUAAUAUGCAUUCUUGGUCCUGUAACAGUCCCGAAGUAUUAAAAUCAAUUCCAGGGAAUCAGCGUGAUUCCAAUGACAAAACAAAAGAGGAUGUCUUUCUGUUCAACGUAGGAAUAGCAAAAAUUCCCCCUGAUAUUUUACACGAGGAGCGACCUUCCACAAAACGCAAAUUUUUGAGAAUCAUAAUUGCAGUAUUUGACCCUCUAGGUUUUCUUGCUCCGUUUAUCAUUCACUCAAAAAUUUUAAUGCAGGAAGUAUGGGUCAGUGGAAUCGAGUGGGACGCGCCUUUAGGUGAUAACGAAAACAAAUUGUGGAAAUCGUGGAUAAAGGACUUACCGAAUACGGUCUUAUUGUGGAAUAAAUCAGAUCCGCGACCAUAUCAAACAUUUGUUUCUCACCGAUUAGGAGAAAUAGCCGAUUUAACCGAUCCAACGGACUGGAGAUGGGUACCUUCAAAUAAGAAUCCGGCAGAUGACGCAACCAGGGUUAGUGUAAUUUUAUUGCAUGAAAAUCAUAGAUGGUACUCGGGUCCUUCUUUCUUACGUUCUGAGGAAAGUGAUUGGCCCAGGCAAACAUUCCAACAAGCCGAGGAUACCAAUAUAGAACAAUUGGAAAGAAAGAAGGCACAGGUUUUAGUAAUGGAGCAAACUCGGAAAACAUGUACUCCGGACCCUGGGCGUUUCUCCAAAUGGAUUCGUUUGCUACGUAGUAUGGCUUGGGUACUUGUCGCAGUCAAAAAAUUGAAAGAACUACGGGCAUUAAACAGCAAAAAACAUAUUGCUAAUUCGAGCCGGCUCAAAAAUUUGACACCCUUCGUCGACGAAAAUGAUUUGCUCUGUGUUAGAGGUCGCGUGAAUGUAGAUGUAGAUUCUUCUUUCAAUAGUUAUCCCCCAAUACUAGAUGGCAAACAUAUAAUAACACGGUUACUCGUUCAUUCCUAUCAUGAAAAGGCCAACCACGGUAGUCCUAACCUGGCUAUAAAUGAAAUGCGCCAAAGAUACUGGAUAGUAAACCUUAGAAAUGCAUUGCGAUCAGUUACGGUAAAAUAUCAAGUUUGUAAAAUAAAGAAAGGAAAACCGACCUUUCCGAUCAUGGCUGAUCUUCCAACUGCACGCUUAGGGUAUCGGCAACGUCCAUUUACUCAUUGCGGACUUGAUUACUUUGGCCCUUUAAUAGUCAAAAUAGGUCGCCGUCGGGAGAAACGAUGGGUUGCCCGAUUUACUUGUUUAACGACUAGGGCAAUCCAUUUGGAAAUCGUUCAUUCUGCUAGCACUGAUUCGGCUAUAAUGGCCAUACGGAGAAUGAUUGCGAGAAGAGGUCAACCUGCUGUUCUAUACUCCGAUAAUGGGAGAAACUUUGUCGGGGCGAAUAAUAAACUCCGCACGAUCCAAAAGGAUCUUAACUUUGAUAAACAAUCAGAAUUUGUGACAGGUCUAGGGAUAAAAUGGCACUUCAUUCCACCUGAUGCACCGCAUAUGGGGGGCGCGUGGGAAAGAUUAGUUCGUUCUGUUAAAACUGCUCUUUAUGUAACUUUAAAAGAACAAGUGCCUAAAGAGAAAGUUUUCAUUACUUUUCUGGCAGAAGCAGAGCAUUCGGUAAACUCGCGUCCUCUCACUCACGUCUCUUUAAAUCCUCGAGAUCAGGAGGCGUUAACGCCUAACCAUUUUCUGUUGAGGAGCUCUUCGGGGGGUGAUGUUUUUUCUAGAUUCAACGGUAUCAGUUCCUGUUCAAGAAAACAAUGGUGUAUUGCACAAUCUUAUGCCGAUUCUUUCUGGAAGCGCUGGUUAAAGGAAUAUUUGCCCACCUUGCUCCCAAAGUCAAAAUGGACCGCCGAAACAGAUCCACUGAAGGUUGGAGAUGUGGUCAUCGUAAUUGCCUACAGUUCACCAAGAAACCUUUAG